AGAGAGAGGAGAGAGAGAGAGGAGGGGGAGACUCACACAGAGUCCUGCUUUUCUGAGCUGAGAGCUGACGGUUCCUAAGCAGAAAGUAUUAGGAGAAACACAGCAUCUUGUCUCUUUGCUGCAUUUACACAAUGAAAUCACUUCUAUUUUUAUUCCUGCUAACCGGCCGGUUUUGCUUGAAUCUACUCCGAGCGAUGGACAAUGGAAACAAACAAGUACUUAAAAACUACUAGGAAAAAAACAUAAAAAAAGGAGGAGAAAAACCCAAACAAACCCAACCACGCUGGGAUGAGGAUUACUCACUUUAGCGCUGGCUGCGGUCGCACGCAGAAGCUGCGGUGCCGAGGAGGGUCGGAACCGUCUGCCCAGUUUGCCCCCAGAUGCCCCGGCAAGCUAUGGGAAAAUCUCUGGGAAGCCCAGCCCGCCGCAGGAGCCCGGGCGCCGCUGCAGGCAGCCGCAGCACAUCCCGCUUCGCCUCCUCUCUCUCUCCCGGGCCCUGGGGCCGAGGAAGCAAUCGAGGUCAGCCGCCCAGUUCCCGGGGUCCGGCCGUGGUACAGCCCGCAGGGUGAUGCAAGGUGCCUGGCUGCUCCGCUCCUCCCCGGCGAGCCAUCGUCACCGAGAAGGAAUGGUCCCCGUCCUGGGCGGUGAAAGAUGGCAAAA